AUGAAGAAAGAAGGAGAAAAAGAAGAAAAAAUACUCCAGGAUUGCUAUCAAUCAUGGUUUGAUGGAAUGUGUGCAAAUUUGAUGAACGAUCACCUUAGAGUCGAUAAAGAACAAUAUAAUUCAAUUCGUCACUUCCUCAAGUAUCCUUUGACUUUGGUCAACGGUUACCCUGGUACUGGUAAAACACAUCUUGCUAGAGAAGCCGUCAGAUUGCUUCUCAACUCUAAUUACCACAAGCCAAUUGUUGUAAUUACACAGACCAACCACAGUUUGGACGCAUUCUUCGAAGGAGUUCUUAGUUUUGCCCCUCCUGAGUCAAUAUUACGUCAUGGAGGAAAAUUAAGAACAGAAAAUGAAGUCCUUAUUUCGAGAUGCUACAAUGGACAAAUGAUGAGUCCAUUCUAUAAGAUGACUUCAUUCUCAGAUGAAAAGGGCAGAAUGAAAAACCUUUCAAGAAGAAUCACAAUAUCAAAUUAUAUUCUUACAAAGAUUUUCGAGAUCUCCAGGCUUGUUGUUAAGUACAUCUUUGAAAGGAAACAAUUUUAUCUCCCGAAGAUCCAAGAAGGAAUGGAAAAAUACCUUCUUCCACUUCUUUCUUUUGAUUUCAGAGAGGUUUACAAGCUUCCUUUUUAUCCAAAUACCAUCGAAAUAAAUGAGAAAUCGAUGCCAAAGGAUAAAGACUACAUUGGGUAUUGGAUCAACGACAAUUUUGAUGAACAAAUGGAAAUGCUUGCCGAAAAUCUCAAAAUUCCAUUGGUUCGUUAUGAUGAGAAUCCAUACAAUGCUCGUAUCAAUCAUGAUGAUUUCGUUGACAAAGAUAGAGAUCAACAAGGUGAUCCUUUCAGAGCAAGAAUUCUCGAAGAAUACAUCAAAAUUGAUAACAAUUUCAAACUUCCUGAAAUUAGAGAACUUCAGCCAAUGCCAGAACAGAAAACCAAAGAAACUUCUUCUGAUGAUGAUGAAUCCAGUGAUGAUGAUCUUGCUUCAAUAAUCGAAGGAGAUAUUGAUACAACUGGUCUUGAGAGUGAAAAUAUAACUGAAUUUGAUAUUUACGUUUUAAGAGACAGCCAAAUCAAUAAUUUGAUCGAAGAAGCAAUCAAGAAAUCACAGAAAUUGCCAGAGAAAAGAUUUGAAUACAUGAGAGAUUUCUUCAAGCACCUUCUCACUGUUAUCACAAACAAAAGAGAUGCAAUGGUCAAUCAAAUGGAUUCUGUUUCUCAAGAACUGGAUCUACAAAGAAAUAAAGCUGUUGGAAUGCUUUAUUCUCAGUUCAGAGUUGUUGGAUUAACAGCAAGUUACGCAACAAUGCACAGAGUUGCCAUCGAAAGAUCAGGAUGCGAAUUCAUGAUCAUCGAAGAAGCUGGUGAACUCACUGAGGCAACAUCAGCAUCGUUCCUUGGUGCAUCAAUCAAACACUUGUUGAUGAUUGGUGAUUUCCAGCAACUUCGUCCGAAAGUUGAAUAUGAAAUUCGCGAAGACAAAAAUACGUCAUUUGCAUAUGACAUUUCAAUGUUCGAAAGACUUGUAAGAGCAGAAGGAAAAGUCAAUGGAAAGGACUUAUUUAAGUUGACUGUUCAGCGUCGUAUGCAUCCCGAAAUUUCUCAGAUAAUAAGAGAAAACUUUUGCCCUGACAUCAUAGAUGCUCCGAACACAAACAAUAAUGAAAUCUGUCCAGGUCUUCAAAAUAGAGUUAAUUUCAUUUUGUCAAAGGAAUUCGUUGAAACAGGAUUAGCGACAUCAAGAUCCAAAAUCAAUGAUAAUGAAGCGAAUUACGUAGUUGCAUUGGUUUUCUUCUUCUUGUGCAGAGGUAUAACGCCCGACAAAAUUGUUGUUAUUACACUCUACAAAGGCCAGGCAAAGCUCAUUAAACAGAAACUCAAAAAAGAGUACGAAACAAAAAGAAACACUGGCGGAUUCGAUGAAUUUGAUCCUUUCCUUGGCACUGAAUACACGAUCAAUGAUAUCUAUGUCCAAUGCGUAGAUAACUACCAAGGCGAAGAAAAUGAUGUUGUAAUUGUUGCAACAACAAGAUCAGAAACAAUCGGAUUUGUCAAAGCAAAGAAUAGAGCCCUUGUCACUCUUUCUCGUGCAAAGAAUUAUUUGAUUGUUUUGGGAAACGAGCAACUCCUCAAAGACGAAGAUUCAGGAAUAUGGCCAGAAAUUAUCAAUAGAUGUGAAUCAAGAUGCGAAGAAUCAUGUCUACCUGGAAUAUUCAUUUCAUGUCCCCAUGAUCAAAAAAUUCUGUCAACCCCUGAAUUACUUUGGGAAUACAGAUUCGGAAAUUGCUUUGUUAAAGAGAAAAUCAAUCUUCCUUGUGGACAUACAAUAAUGAAACAAUGUUGUGCUCCAAUCUUGCCAUGCCAACAACCAUGCAAACAUAAAUGUCGUAAAUGCGGAAAUGAAUGUGGACACAUUUGUAGUCAAUGCCAAAAAAACGGACAUCCUCCAUGUGAAAAGAAAACAAAUUAUACAUGUCCAAAUGGCCACACAACAAAAGUUUUUUGUUCACAAAUCGAAGAUGAUUCAGGAACAUCUAUAUGUGAAGCACCGUGUGGAUGUACUCUUCCUUGUGGACAUAAGUGUACAUUACCUUGCAAACAUAAUUCUCAAUUAACACCACAUCAUUGUGAUGCAAUAGUUGAUUAUGUAUGUGAUGUAUGUUUGAGAAGUCAAAAAGUUCCUUGUGGUACAAAACAUUGCACUCUCGACUGUAUGGAUAUUCUUCCUUGUGGACACAAAUGCCAAGCUAAAUGUGGCCAACCACAUGUCUGCAACAGAAAUUGCGAAUAUGUUUUUCCAUGUGGACAUCAAUGCAAAUGCAAAUGUAGUGACAGCAGUUAUGAUCAUCAGCAUUUUGUUUGCAAACAAUGCAUCGCUUAUGAAGAACCAAAUUCCAGGUUUAAUUGCCAAGUUUGCGGAAGAAUGUCUAUGAAUAGAAAACCAAUUGAAUCAUGUGAACACAGAUGCAACAUUAAGUGCAAGGAAUGUGAUACUACUUGCAAUGCAUUAGCUGGCGAAAGAUGCAUUUUCUGCUGUCAACAUGACUGCGGAUAUCAAAAAGGAGAUGGACCUUUCUUCCGCCCGAACAAUUGCCAAUGCGUGAUGCCACUCCAUGAAGCAGAAGAAAGCAUCAGAUCACAGUUCAAUUCAAUUAUGGAACCAAGUCAAAUAAACCCGCAACAACUGUUUUACUUGAGAUGUCCUAAAUGUAAAACUCCGAUUACAAGUUCAUGGAAAUUCAUGAAAGAAAUCAAAAUUGUCUAUGAUCUUCUCAAGCAAGCAAAUGAAAUUGCGAAUAUUAAACUUAGUAAUUUCUUUGGAUAUGAACAAGUCCAUCACAACAUCAAAGUUGUUCAUUGCCGUUGCAGUUGCAUCAAUUUCUUUGAUAUAAGUCCUGUAGGUAAUGAAAUUGAAACUGAACAAAUUGUAAGAAAAUGUGAAAGAUGUCACGCUCCUUACAUUUUCACGAAAGGAGAGAAGAAGGAACCUGAGAAGAAGACAAAAGAGAUUAGACUUCAAAAUUCAAAUCAACCUGAAAGAGGUGAACCUUCAAAAGCAAAGCAAAAUGAGACUCCAAAAGCAAAGCAAAAUGAACCACCAAAACAGGUUGAGCCUCCAAAAGCUCCUGAACCUCUUAAACAAGAAAUCAAUGAAGAAAAUGAAAGCGAUAAUGAUGGUAAGCAACAGCCAAACCAAGGAAAGAAGAGCACAAGAAAAAGACCAUGGAAAUCUGAAAGAAAGAAGAAUAAACAAGCAAAUCAAAACUCUGAUAAUCCUUCUCAACAAAGUGGCCAAAGAAACCAAAAUCAGAACCAGAGAAAGAACAGAAAUGAUCGCAAUCAGAAUCAAGCAGGAUCUGAUUCUAAUGCUUCUCAGCAAAGCCAGAGUUUUGUUGUCCAGGAUCAACAACCGAAUGAUCCAAGAAGACAGCAAAAUCAAAAACCUCAGAAGCCACAAGGACCUCAUGUUCAAAAUGGCAGUCAAAAGAACAAGUUCAAGCCAUACAAACCACAACCACAGUAA